AUGACCUCAUCCGUUGGGCUGCAGCAAGGCAAGCGCCCAACCACCAUGAAUCACCUACCCUCGGUGUCCAGCCUCAUGUCGCCUCCCGAGACGAAGCCGCUCGAGAGCUUUCAGUCCUCCUUCUCGCCGCUGAUGCCUCGGGACACAUCGCUCGGUGGCGAUGUUACGCUCCCGCCCAUCUCAGCAGAUCGGAAGCGCACCCAGUCCGAGAUGGACCUGCCUUCCCCCCCCCGUGACCCCAUCGAGCGAGAUGUCAGCUCGUCGCGGGACCCUGUCCUCUUCCCGCGCCACGAUUCCAUCACCGAGGUUGCCACUGAUGAGCCGCUCUUCGGCCCCAUCGCCCCGCCGGCCGCUCAGGCCCUUGUGGAGCAGCACAUCAAUUCCCACAUGGCGAGGUUUGAGAACAAACUGAACAAACCUACUCGUGAUGAAUAUCUCCUGGCGCUCUCUUGUGUGCCGAUGGUAUCGACCCACUACAACCGCAACCCGCUGGCAUGGGCCAGGGAGGAACGCGAGACCCUAGAGCGCCAGCUAAUCUUGAUGAACCGUUAUCGUCCGGACGUGGAGGCGAAGCUGAAGAAGAUCGCCCCAGCCCCGUCCAAGAAGAUGGGGAUCACCCAGCCGCGGGUGCAGCGCACACCCCGUGCCAAGCGAACCCCCAAAUCUACCCCAAAACAACAGGCCCUGGAUCACUUUGAUUCACCCGGGUCGGCCGCGAAACCCUCCCGCACUCUGGGAACCGCCCGGGAUGACACAGACUUUCACUCUCUCCAGGACUAUUCACCCCCAGUGGAAACCCUCGGUGGCAAUGCGAAAGCUCUGAAAGCAGACUGGAAGGGCCAGAUGUUAGACUUGAGCAAUGACCCGGACCGACAUCUGCUCAGUCCGGCCGAGCUCAACCUCGCUUCCACGUUGCGCCUGUCGUGCGCGACGUAUCUCUGCAGCAAGCGCCGUAUCUUUGAAGCCCGCGUCAAGGCUUUAGGAGUCGGCAAGGAGUUCCGCAAGACGGACGCUCAGCAAGCCUGCAAGAUUGAUGUUAACAAAGCAAGCAAGCUUUGGACGGCCUAUGAGCGUGUUGGCUGGUUCAAACCUGAGUUUUUCACCCGAUUUCUACGGUGA